AUGUCGAAGACAUGUCACCGUUGCCAUGAUGUCUGUUUGGUAAAACACGGUGGGUUACGCCCACCAUUACAGACCAUCACCAAAACGACUGAAUGUCUACCAUGCUAUCCCAUAUCAUCUAUCGCAUUCCGCCUUGUGUUCUUUACCUACUUUACCUUCCAUGACUGA